AUUUUAUCAAGAUACAGGUCCAGUGCUUUAGGUUCACACAUGCAUGAAGAGAUUUGUUUGAAGACAUACUGAAACCUGAACUCAUGCUGGUUUAUUUACUAGCCAGUCCUUCACAGCUGUCAACCUGAGUCGCAACAGCUACUGUAAGUAGCUUCUGUGCACGAUGAAGAAUUUUUCAUUUCCUAUGCAAGAUAACGCACAUCAGACUGAAAGUCCUCCUCCUCACAGAUUCCUGAGUUUGACAAAUAAGUCAGAUCCUGUUGGAAGACCAGAAAGAGACGAGCAGUUGGCUCAAGCAGAGAUUGCUGUAUUGGGGGUAAUAUUUCUGACAGCAUCUGUGGGCAAUUUUAUUCUCAUACUGGUACUGUGGAGAAGAAGAAAGAAGCUCUCUAGAAUGUAUGUAUUCAUGCUUCACCUCAGCAUAGCUGACUUAGUGGUAGCAUUUUUUCAAGUUCUGCCUCAAUUAAUAUGGGAUAUUACAGAUGUUUUCAUAGGGCCAGAUUUCUUGUGCAGACUUAUCAAAUAUUUACAGUUGCUGGGCAUGUUUGCCUCUACUUAUAUGAUAGUGGUCAUGACAGUGGACAGAUACCAAGCAGUUUGCUACCCUAUGGUCACUUUCCAAAAGAAGAGAGCCUUGUGGAACAUUCCCAUUUGCACUAGCUGGUCUAUAUCACUGAUGUUUAGCCUUCCACAGGUAUUUAUCUUUUCUAAGACUGAAAUAUCUCCAGGCAUCUUUGAAUGUUGGGGUGAAUUUAUUCUACCGUGGGGCCCAAGGGCAUAUGUAACUUGGAUUUUUGUAGUUAUAUUCUUCAUUCCCUCAGCCGUCCUUAUCACAUGUCAGGUUAAGAUUUGCAAAAUAAUCAAAAGGAAUAUAUAUGUGAAAAAACAGAAUGAAUAUGAAAUAACAAAUCAGAAGCAAGUCCUGCCAUCCCGAGCAAGCAGUGUUAACUGUAUUUCAAAGGCGAUGAUCAAGACUGUAAAAAUGACAGUGGUGACCGUUUUUGCGUAUGUUCUUUGUUGGUCACCUUUCUUCAUUGCACAACUGUGGUCUGUUUGGUUCCCCAGUGGCGUUACCGAAGGUUCAGCAUUCACCAUUAUCAUGCUCCUUGGUAAUUUGAAUAGUUGUAUCAACCCAUGGAUUUACAUGUAUUUUUGUGGGCACAUUCCAUAUUGCACAAAGAAGCAGUUGGAGAACACCACAGCUCAAGAUGAAUCUGUGAUCACAGGAAGCAUUCAUCUGGUAGACAGAGACCCUGAGGAAAACAGUGCUUCUGCAUAAAUGUUGAAUGCUUUUUGCUGCUUUGUUACAUUUGCUAUGUUUGCAAGUCAUAUCAAUAUUUUACCACGAUGCCUUGUUUUGUGGAUAAGGAACCUGGAAAAUUGUCCUUUGUUGUAUAAAUAUAUUUCUCUGAAGUUCUGUAGCACAUACUGCCCUACAGGAGGUUUCUGUAUCAUGCUAGCCUGAUUCAAUACUUCGAUCAUCAUUGUGCUAUCAAAAUUAAUUCUUAUAUGGACUGAUGAAGAUACGUAAUAGUAUCUUAGAUGUUUUGUGUCAUAAAUGGCUUUCUAUUCUGUGAUUCUGGAUUUCCCAGUAGUAAAUUUUUACAACUGGUCCAACAAAUUGAGUCAUAGUUGGAAAGGAAUCUGACAUAAUUAGAUCUGAAUGUGUGUUUAAAUUGAACCAUGAAUUGUUCAUGAUUCUAAUGUGACUGGGGGACAAUUUGACAAAUCUUAAGAUGGCACCAGAAAUUCAGUAAAGUCCUUUGCCAGCUAUAAUUAAUACCUCCUUUAAAUAAACUCCUUAUAUACAUAUAUAAAAUGCUGAGUGUCUUAAUAUCUGGGAUUUUUUUUUUUAAAUACAGUGUCCUUGAGAUGCUGGCCAUCUGCUUCAGUUUCAAAUGCUCUUGUGGGUCACUGGCGGUCAUUGGUAUAGUAAGAUUCCAAGUUCAUGGCUUCCUAUUACAAAGCCAUCAAAAUAGGAUUUGAUCUUCCAUGCACCCCCUGAUGUGCAGGCAGGUAAACUGAAACUCUGCACACACACACACACACACACACACACACACACACACACACACACACACACACACACACACACACACACACCCCUUAAGUAAAAAUGGACGCUGUGAAUGUACUCUUCUGUUUGGUAUUCUGCAUACUUUUGUGCAGGUCGUAUUCAGACCUAUUUGUUCUGGCAUGCAAUUGUUUGAUAGAGUGUGCUUAGAACCAGUUCAG